AUGUCUGUUAUACAGAGAAAGCUGUUUUACAAAUCGCUUAUAUAUGUGUAUGUACGGUAUUCCUCGCUCCCUGGGUAUAUACGGUAUUCAUCGCUUCCUGAGUAUAUACGGUAUUCCUCGCUUCCUGGGCAUAUACGGUAUUCCUCGUUUCCUGUGUAUAUACGGUAUUCCUCGCUUCCUGGGUAUAUACGGUAUUCCGCGCUUCCUGGGUAUAUACGUUAUUCCGCGCUUCCUGGGUAUAUACGGUAUUCCCCGCUUCCUGAGUAUAUACGGUAUUCCUUGCUUCUUGAGUAUAUACGGUAUUUGUCGCUUCCUGGGUACAUACGGUAUUCCUCGCUUCCUGAGUAUAUACGGUAUUCCUUGCUUCCUGAGUAUAUACGGUAUUCCUUGCUUCCUGAGUAUAUACGGUAUUUGUCGCUUCCUGGGUACAUACGGUAUUCCUCGCUUCCUGAGUAUAUACGGUAUUCCUUGCUUCCUGAGUAUAUACGGUAUUCCUCGCUUCCUGAUUAUAUACGGUAUUUGUCGCUUCCUGGGUACAUACGGUAUCCCUCGCUUCCUGGGUAUAUGCGUUAUUCCUCGCUUCCUGGGUAUAUACGGUAUUCCCCGCUUCCUGAGUAUAUACGGUAUUCCUUGCUUCUUGAGUAUAUACGGUAUUCCUCGCUUCCUGAGUAUAUACGGUAUUCCUUGCUUCCUGAGUAUAUACGGUAUUCCUUGCUUCCUGAGUAUAUACGGUAUUUGUCGCUUCCUGGGUACAUACGGUAUUCCUCGCUUCCUGAGUAUAUACGGUAUUCCUUGCUUCCUGAGUAUAUACGGUAUUCCUCGCUUCCUGAUUAUAUACGGUAUUUGUCGCUUCCUGGGUACAUACGGUAUCCCUCGCUUCCUGAGUAUAUACGGUAUUCCUUGCUUCCUGGGUAUAUACGGUAUUCCUCGUUUCCUUGGUAUAUACGGUAUUCGUCGCUUACUGAGUAUAUACGGUAUUUGUCGCUUCCUGGGUACAUACGGUAUUUCUCGUUUCCUGAGUAUAUACGGUAUUCCUCGUUUCCUGCGUAUUUACGUGUCAUCAUUUUUCUUUACCUUAUCGUUUAUUUAUUUUACAUUCCCAUAAUCUUUCUUACUUCUUUCCGUCCGUCCUUCCUUCCUUCCUUCCGUCCGUCCGUCCUUCCUUCCGUCCGUCCGUCCGUCCGUCCUUCCUUCCUUCCUUCCUUCCUUCCUUCCGUCCGUCCGUCCGUCCGUCCGUCCUUCCUUCCUUCCUUCCUUCCUUCCUUCCUUCCUUCCUUCCUUCCUUCCGUCCGUCCUUCCUUCCUUUCUUCCGUCCGUCCGUCCUUCCUUCCUUCCUCCUUCCGUCCAAAUCCGUCCGUCCGUCCGUCCGUCCUUCCUUCCUUCCUUCCUUCCUUCCUUCCGUCCGUCCGUCCUUCCUUCCUUCCUUCCUUCCGUCCAUCCUUCCUUCCUUCCUUCCUUUCUUCCUUCCCUCCUUCCGUCCGUCCGUCCGUCCGUCCUUCCUUCCGUCCAUCCGUCCGUCCUUCCUUCCUUCCGUCCGUCCUCCUUCCUUCCUUCCUUCCGUCCGUCCGUCCAUCCGUCCGUCCUUCCUUCCUUCCGUCCCUUCCUUCCUUCCUUCCGUCCGUCCGUCCGUCCGUCCGUCCGUCCUUCCUUCCUCUUCCUUCCUUCCUUCCUUCCUUCCUUCCGUCCGUCCGUCCGUCCGUCCGUCCGUCCUUCCUUCCUUCCUUCCUCCUUCCUUCCUUCCUUCCGUCCUUCCUUCCUUCCUUCCUUCCGUCCGUCCGUCCGUCCCGUCCGUUUUUCCUUCCUUCCCCGUCCUUCCUUCCGUCCAUCCGUCCGUCCUUCCUUCCGUCCGUCCAUCCGUCCUUCCUUCCUUCCGUCCGUCCGUCCGUCCUUCCUUCCUUCCUUCCCUUCCUUCCUUCCUUCCUUCCGUCCGUGUCCGUCCGUCCGUCCGUCCUUCCUUCCUUCUUCCGUCCGUCCUUCCUUUCCGUCCAUCCGUCCGUCCUUCCUUCCGUCCAUCCGUCCUUCCUUCCUUUUCUUUCCGUCCGUCCGUCCGUCCGUCCGUCCUUCCUUCCAGUCCGUCCUUCCUUCCGUCCAUCCGUCCUUCCUUCCGUCCAUCCAUCCGUCCUUCCCUUCCUUCCUUCCGUCCGUCCUUCCGUCUGUCUGUCCGUCCGUCCGUCCGUCCGUCCUUCCUUCCCUUCCUUCCUUCCUUCCUUCCUUCCUUCCUUCCGUCCGUCCGUCCGUCCGUCCUUCCUUCCUUCCUUCCUUCUUCCUUCUUCCUUCCAUUUCCUUCCUUCCUUCCUUCCUUCCGUCCGUCCAUCCGUCCGUCCUUCCUUCCUUCCUUCUUUCCGUCCGUGUCCUUCCUUCCGUCCAUCCGUCCGUCCUUCGUCCGUCCGUCCGUCCUUCCUUCUUCUCCUUCCUUCCGUCCGUCCGUCCUUCCUUCCUUCCAUCCGUCCGUCCGUCCGUCCGUCCUUCCGUCCUUCCUUCCUUCCUUCCUUCCAUCCGUCCUUCCUUCCGUCCAUCCGUUCCUUCCUUCCUUCCGUCCGUCCGUCCGUCCGUCCUUCCCUUCCUUCCUUCCGUCCGUCCGUCCGUCCGUCCGUCCGUCCGUCCUUCCUUCCUUCCUUCCUUCCGUCCAUCCGUCCGUCCGUCCUUCCUUCUUUCUGUCCGUCCGUCCGUCCUUCCCUUCUUCCGUCCGUCCUUCCUUCCGUCCAUCCGUCCUUCCUUCCUUCCUUCCUUCCGUCCGUUCCUUCCCUUCCUUCCGUCCGUUCCUUCCUUCCUUCCUUCCUUCCGUCCGUCCUUCCUUCUUCCUUCUUCCUUCCGUCCGUCCGUCCGUCCUUCCUUCCUUCCUUCCUUCCGUCCGUCCGUCCGUCCUUCCUUCCUUCCUUCCUUCCUUCCUUCCGUCCGUCCUUCCUUCUGUUCUUCCUUCCUUCCUUCCUUCCUUCCUUCCUUCCUUCCGUCCGUCCGUCCGUCCUUCCUUCCGUCCAUCAUCCGUCCUUCCUUCCUUCCUUCCUUCCUUCCUUCCUUCCGUCCGUCCGUCCGUCCGUCCGUCCGUCCUCCUUCCUUCCUUCCUUCCUUCCUUCCUUCCUUCCUUCCGUCCGUCCGUCCGUCCGUCCGUCCGUCCGUCCUUCCUUCCUUCCUUCCUUCCUUCCUUCCUUCCGUCCGUCCGUCCGUCCGUCCUUCCUUCCUUCUUUCCGUCCGUCCUUCCUUCCGUCCAUCCGUCCGUCCUUCCUUCCGUCCAUCCGUCCGUCCUUCCUUCCGUCCGUCCGUCCGUCCGUCCGUCCUUCCUUCCUUCCUUCCUUUCUUUAUUUCUUUAUUUUGCUUCUCUUCUCUGUUUUCUUCCUUUGUUCUUUCUUUUCUUUACUUUCUCCCAUUUUUUUUCUUCUUUCAUCUAUUUCAUUUUCUUUCAUUCUUUCUUUCUGUUUUUUUUUCUUUCUUUCUUAG